AUGACUAUCAUGACAGCGGCUCAACGUCGUGGCUGGAAGGAUCAAGACUUGAAUCGCAUGCCAGCCCAAAUCUACCCAGGGCCAUACGUCACCCAUCAAUCAGUGGCACUGGCUCAUUCUGCCUCUGCUUCCACUCCCGGCUCUUCGGUGCCCUCAGCCACCUACUCACAGAUAUCCAGCAAUCCACUCUACCAUUCCGUCCACCAGAAAGCCCAAAGUGACAACUAUGACCCCGUAUGGCGCAGGCCAGCCCAGCAACUAUCGGCUGAACAUUCUGACCAAGUUGUCCGUCCUGUUCGGUCUCGAUCUCGCCUGCAAAAACGUCCCUCUCAGCGCGCAAUGAAAUCAUCACACAUGUCUAGCAUCCAAAAGAAGGCCUCUUUCGACAAGAACAACCUGACCGCUUUACCUCAACAGUCAGAUCCUUCUACUGUCCCUGAGAGGUCUUCCUCCCUACGACUUAGACAAGUGCGUCAUUCCGCAGGCACGGACCGACCGAAGACUGCAAAAGAGAAACCUGACCGCACAGACGCAGUCUAUUCAGAUGGCAACCAGCCAUUCACACAUUCACAGACCACCGUACCUACGAGACCCAGGACAGCACCAUCAGUGGACAACCUCAAAUCGAGAACACAGACAAGAACUCAACCUCCUCUGCCCACUCAGACUUCCACGGCUCCUGUCCAGAGCCCUCUACCUGCGUCAAAUCGAACACCCCGACAUGUCGCCCUUGCACCGUAUGACCCAUUCCCAUUAAAUCCGUUAUACCACAUACCGAGCCCACCUCUCUCGAGUCCAGACCUGAAAUCCGCCCCAACCUCUCAUCCGUCAUUAAAGUCAUCCUCUAAGAACGAGCAAAUCACUAUGGCCGCGCAGCAGCAGUCUCGACAUCAGGAUCGAGCCAUCACCCCUAGUGAGAAUGCAACACAACAGCUUGCGGCCUACGUACAGGCUCACCCUCCCAAGAAGAGAAGUGUCACAAUACCUACGACACACGACACCGUUGUGACAGAGACAAUGCACCCGGCAGUGACUCGCGAAGUUAUUCGAGAGCACCGUAUUGAGGUUUUGCGGGAAGAAAUUACACGUGAGAUUCAUGUGCACCACUACUUUACACACGUACAACCGGUGCGGGCUCUGGAAGUUCUUCCAGCGCGGCACUUCCUCGUCGACCCCGAAACCGGGGAAAAGAAAGAAAUCCCGGAGCCGGAGGGCUGGUCAAUGCCCGCCAACCUGCAGCCAAGGACACCCGACACUUCUAUCCUGGCGCCUGUCACCAGGCAUUACCUUGUCAACGAACAGCAUCCACUGGGGAUUCUAGAGUCAUCGCCCCCACCGCACCCACCUCCGACACAGCCGUUGCCAGCGGCACCGUUGAUGGGGAAGGAGGAGGAGCAUUAUCGUACGCCAUCAACGUCACGCCGGCCACCUUCAGCAUAUCAAAAUGCACCGAAGAACGCCUCAGACGAAAUGAAAGCAUUGGCCGCUGCCAGUCAUAAAGCGACAUGGACUCCAUUUCCACGUUCGACGAGCAAAGCAAGUCAAAGUAGCCGGUGA